CUUAACUUCAGACCUAUAGUGGCCACAGAAGGGCACACAGUCAAUACAUUCAAAGAACUGUGUCCAGAGAAGUAUCAAGAUUCCUCCAAAGUUCCCCCUGUAAUUACAACAGUGAACAGCAUCAACACCUCCUUUACAACAAUUACAGUACCUGCAGUCAUUAGACCAGAACUACUUGUGAUCUACAACGCCUCACAGAUUUCACGUUCAGAAGCCGAUGCUCUGGUCCUAGACACAGUUAGAACCUGUUUUGUGGAGAUCCAUGACUGUCAAUAUUGUUCUAGUCAAUUCUCCAAGGAUUCCUGCUCCUUUCAACCAAUCACCACUGAGAGUCCUAUCUCAUCUACCAAUCAGGCUGAAGUAACAACACCAGUGGUCAGUCCAGAUGACCGGGUGUACUUUGGAGCGGUCACUAUCACCAUAAUGGCUACCUCGGGAUGUUUUCUGCUGGCAUUAACUCUCUGGGCAGCUGACUAUGUGAGGAAGGCAACCACAAAGAAAUCAAAAUUCAAACGAAAAGCCAGAAAAUCUGAGAUAGAGGAAACGCAGCAUUGACUGUCCUUAAAAGUGUACAACAAAGCAUGAUGUACUGACAAUAAAACAGAUAUGGUCAUCAGAGUAUUAUUUAUCUCCACAUUUGUAAGCUUGACAAACUUUAUCUCAAACUUUCCAACACUGAGAAAAAGUUUUCAAAUCUUAAUGGAUUUGAUACUAAGAGAGGAAGUGGUUAAGACUUCAUACCCAACAUAAAAGUAUUCAUUGUAUUUUUGAUUCAUUGAUGUUCAAUAAACAAAUUUUAUAAAGA